AUGGAGGCUGAAGUACUUUCGAAGCCGCACAGGCACAAGUACGACGUUUUCCUCAGCUUCCGAGGCGGAGACGCGCGCGAAACCUUCGCAGGGAAUCUCUACGACGCGCUCAGAAAGGAGGUCCGUGUCUUCCGCGACAACGAAGGUAUGGAGCGAGGGACUGCGACCGCACUAAGCCUCGCGGCAGCAAUGGAGGACUCGGCGGCCUCAGUCGUCGUCUUAACCUCUAGCUACGCCGACUCUCGCCGGUGCCUAGAUGAAUUAGCUAUGCUCUGCGAUCUCAAAUCAACCCUUGAUCGUCCGAUUCUACCCAUCUUUUACAAGGUCGAUCCCUCCCACGUUCGCAAACAGAACAGCCCUGAAUUCGAGAAGGAUUUUGAAGAACACGCCAAGAGAUUUAGCGAGGAGGAGAUUCAGCGAUGGAGAAUAGCUAUGAAAUCGGUUGGAAAUCUCGCUGGAUAUGUUGUUCCGUUACUUCCAGAAGGCUCGGAUGAGAAUAAAAUGAUAGAGCUUGUGGUAAAGAAGGUUUUAGCUCAAGUGAGCAAUUCGCCAGAGAAAGUUGGAGAAUACACGGUUGGUCUGGAACCACGUGUCGUUAAAUUGUUGAAACUCGUCGACUUGAAAUCCAGCUCCGGCGUUCAGAUCCUGGGGCUUCACGGUAUGGGUGGUAUCGGGAAGACGACGCUUGCAAAACGCUUCUACAACAAGAUCGUCAAGAACUUCGAGGAGCACCGAGUUUUCAUCUCAAACGUUAGAGAAACCUCCUCAGGCCUAAACGGCUUAGUCGAUCUACAAAAGAGUUUCAUCACUGGACUUUUCAGCUCGCCACCUCAAAUAGAGGAUGUUAACAGUGGCCGGGACAGGAUAAGAGCAAGAGUUCAUGAGAAGAAGAUUCUUGCGGUUUUGGAUGAUGUUGAUAGCGUAGACCAGUUUGAUGCGCUGGUUGGUGAAAGAAGUUGGUAUGGUGAAGGAAGUGUUAUCAUCAUCACCACCAGAGAUGAGGAGAUUCUGAGUAAGCUCUCAGUGGACCAAAAGUAUGAGGUCAGCUGCUUGAAUGAGGACCUUGCAUUGCAGCUGUUUAGUUAUCACUCGCUACGGAAAGAGAAACCAACAGAGAGCCUAUUGGUGCUGUCCAAGGAGAUCGUAGAGGUGACGGGACGGUUGCCACUGGCUGUUGAAGUGUUUGGCUCUCAUUUGUAUGACAAGAAGGAAAAAGAAUGGCGAGUUCAACUGGAGAAGCUGAAGAACACCCAGCCAAGCGAUCUUCACGGUGUUCUUGCUCUGAGUUUUGAAUCUUUAGAGGACGAAGAGAAGACUGUGUUCCUCGACAUUGCGUGCCUCUUUCUGAAAAUGGAGAUGAGCAAAGAAGAAGUUGUCGACGUGGUGAAAGGAUGUGGGUUUGACGCUGAUGCUGCUCUCGAUGUCCUCAGGCAGAGAUCUCUGAUCAAGAUCUUGGCAGACAGAGACAAUACGAUUUGGAUUCAUGAUCAGAUUAGAGACAUGGCAAGGCAGAUGGUUCUUAAAGAAAGUCUUGAGGAUCCUGGGAUGCGAAGUAGACUCUCGGAUCGUGGUGAAAUCAUGACUGUAUUGAACUAUAUGAAGGGAACAUCAUCUAUCCAAGGAAUGGUAUUUGACUUCAAGAAGAAGUUUGUGAUACAGCCAAGGGAAGUUGAGAUUGCGUCGAGGAAUCUACAGAACAACACAGGCAUCAGCUCUGCGUUCAGCUACAUAAAGAACAUGUUUGUGAGAUCUCCGGAAGAGGAAAGGCUAAGAAAUUCUGAAAUCACCAUUCCCAUAGGAGCUUUUGUACCAAUGUCGAAGUUGAGACUUCUUCAGAUUAACAACGUGGAACUGGAAGGAGAUAUUAAACUCCUCCCAUCUGAACUCAAAUGGAUACAGUGGAAAGGUUGCCCAUUAGAAACUCUUCCACCGGAGUUUCUUGCUAGGCAACUUGCUGUUCUUGAUCUUUCAGAGAGUGGAAUAAGACAGUUCCAGAGUUUCUACAUCAAAAGGGUGGAUGAGAACUUGAGGGUUGUAAUUAUGCGUGGUUGCCACAACUUAGAAGCCAUUCCUGAUUUAUCAAACCAUAAAGCCUUAGAGAAGCUUGUAUUCGAGCGAUGCAAACUUCUGGUGAAGGUUCCUAGAUCAGUUGGUAAUCUGACAGCAUUGCUUCACCUGGACUUCAGCUACUGUUCAAAUCUUUCUGAAUUUCUUGUGGAUGUUUCCAAACUGAAGCAUCUUGAAAAACUUUUCCUCUCUGGCUGUUCAAAUCUGAGUGUGUUACCACAAAACAUUGGUGCCAUGUCAUGUUUAAAAGAGCUUCUUCUUGAUGGGACUGCGAUAAAGAACCUACCAGAAACUAUUUUGCACCUUGUAAAACUUGUAAAGCUUAGUCUAAACGGCUGCAGAUCUCUUCAGGAGCUACCUUCGUCCCUGGAAAAAUUGACGUCACUGGAGGAGCUAUAUCUUAAUGGAACUGCAUUGCAAAAGCUUCCGGAUUCUAUUGGAGAUCUUACAAAACUCCAGAAGCUGCAUAUGAUGCACUGCACAUCGCUUUCUAAGAUUCCUGAGACUAUCAAUAAGCUCACAUCAUUAAAGAAGUUAUUCAUCAAUGGAAGUGCGGUGGAGGAGCUACCUCUAAACCUCGGCUCACUUUCAUCUUUGGUUGACUUUUCAGCAGGAGAAUGCAAAUCGCUGAAACAGAUUCCGAGUUCAGUUGGUGGAUUAAAUUCUCUUUUCCAACUACAGUUGGAUAGCACCCCAAUCGAAACUCUACCAGAAGAGAUAAGUCACUUGCCCUUUAUUCAGAAACUUGAACUGAGGAACUGCAAAUCACUGAAAUCUCUGCCUGCAUCAAUCGGAGGUAUGGACACACUUGAAAUCUUACACCUUGAAGGCUCUAACAUUGAGGAACUGCCGGAAGAUUUUGGAAAGCUGGAAAAGCUAGUAGUGCUCCGAAUGAACAAAUGUGUAAAGCUCAAGAAGCUUCCUGAAUCAUUUGGAGACUUGAAAGAUCUUCACCAUCUCUACAUGGAGGAAACUUUGGUUGCAGAGCUGCCAGAGAGUUUCGGAAACCUCUCAGAAUUAAGGGUAUUGAAAAUGAUGAAGCGGCCUCUCUUUAGAAGUGAGAGUGAUCCCUUAGGUACAAGGGAAGAGCCUCGUUUUGUAAUACCAGACUCCUUCUCAAACCUCUUGAAGGUUGAUGAACUGGAUGCUCGUAGCUGGGGAAUAUCUGGUAAAAUCCCAGAUGCUUUUGAGAAGCUUACCUCUCUGAGAUCACUGAAUCUGGGGAAUAAUUAUUUUCACAGCCUUCCGUCUAGCCUCAGUGGGUUAACCAAUCUCAAAGAGCUUUCACUGUAUGACUGCCAAGAGCUCUUGUCUCUUCCCCCUCUUCCAAGUAAACUGGAGAAGCUAAACCUAGCAAACUGCUUUUCAUUGGAAAGAGUAUCAGAUCUUUCAAACCUGGAGAUCUUGCAUGAGCUCAAUCUCACAAACUGUGCGAAGGUGAAUGACAUUCCAGGGCUAAAGCACUUGAAGGCUCUGAAACGACUAUACAUGAGCGGCUGUAACUCCGACUUCUCCGUUAAAGUAAAGAAAAGACUUUCCAAGGCUUCUUUGAAAAUGAUUCGGAAUCUGAGCUUACCUGGAGACAGAGUCCCGGACUGGUUCUCGCAAGGCCCUGUCACAUUCUCAGAGCAACCCAACAGAGAGCUCAGAGGCGUAAUCCUGGCCGUUGUUGUGGCUGUUAAACAUAACGAUGGCCAUCUGCCUGAUGUGGUUGGGGUAAAAGCCCAAAUUCACAAACCUGGUCAAGCCGCAGCCAUAGUCAACCACACGUUGAACCUCUCUGGAGUGCCGCGAACAAAUAAGGAUCAACUCCACACAUGCCAUAAGGACCAACUCCACAUCUGCAGGUACUCACAUGAUUACCCAAUGGUCUCCAUGUUGAAAGAUGGGUACACCGUACAGGUGGUCAAACAAGAAUUUGCAGUAUUGCAACAAGACUCUGAGCUAAAGAUGCAUGGGAUUCAUCUGGUCUACGAAGGGGAUGAUGAUGUACAAGGUGAGGAAGGUUCACUAAACGAGACGCUGCAAACCGUUUCUCAGAGACUUGCCAAAUUCUUCCGCUCCUCCGAACAAGGUGAAGCCAGCUCAGAAAAGAUCAAAGAUGAUAUGAUGAAGACCUGUUCGAGGCUCAAGUGGGACAUAUUCCUCAGUUUCCAAAGAAACACGCGCCACAACAAUUUCACAGAGCGUCUCUAUGAAGCGCUUGCCAAGGAACAUGUCCGUGUAUGGAACGGUGAUACCGAACGUGACAAUCUCGAGCUGGGUCCAAGUCUCGUCGAGGCUGUGGAGGAUUCGGUGGCUUUCGUAGUCGUCUUAUCCCCUGACUACGCUAAGUCUCGCUGGCCUUGA